GCCUGGCCUCUAUAGCCAUCAACUCCUGUACCGCGCACGCACCAAUAAUCAAGACAGAGAGAGACAUGGAGUUUUUUUGCCAGCACCAUUUGUUGGGUUGAAAUAUGCGUGCUCAUGCCUCCGAAGAAAUGUUUCUGGAAUUUUCCAGAAGGAAUUCCGGAAUCUGGAUCCCAGCUGGCCCACAGUUCACGGCGCGUGACUGCGGCGAGAUCCCGCCGAAGUACGGGCACCCGAUUUCGUCCGAGCUAUCACUGGGAAACUCGAGACGAGGACGUAUACGAGUCAAGUGAACAGGGAACGAGCCGGGGAACCAUUGCUUUUUGUUCCCGCAACAGAGUCACUGACACCGCUAGUAUUUUUACCCGAAAUCCCGGCAUUGUCUCACACUUCUCGCGUCAGAGGAAAUUGAUUGUUCGUUUGAGACGCCCGUGCGGUGGCUUGCCGGCAAGAGUCCGACUUCAAUAUCACACCAGAAAUAGUGAGAGCACCCAUUGCGGCUCCCACCAUGCUAUUGCUUCUGGGUCUAUAUAUAAUUUUCCAAUGUGUGGCAGGGCUUUCCCAUGACCCAUGUCCCGCCUUUAUGGAUAAUUGUCCUGAUACUCACCUUAAGAAUCACCCUAAAAGUCGCCCCAAUAGUCGCCCCAAUAGUCGCCCUAAUCGCGCGACCGCUGCGUCUAUACCGAGGCACAGAGGCUUGGCCCCAUGCACUGGUUCGUGGCCCCGUGCACAGCGAGGGAUGCGAUAUCACACCACUUUACAGAAAAUCGGCUGUUUUGGAGCGGAGCCUGGUGAUUCCAAGGCC